GCCAAAUUUUCCAAUAUUACCGUGUAAAUUCGCUCUAAAACUUCCGCUAAAGUGUGUUUGUCGAAAGUUGGAUCAACGAGUCGCGUUUGUUGCUUGCCGCUGUGGCUUCCAUCGAAGAAAAAAGGUGGGAUCGCAAGGGGCAGGCAGGCUACGGCAGCAGUGAAGUAAGAAGACGAAGGUCACUCGCGUGGAAAGAAGAGUCGGCAGCAGUUGCCGUGUAAACAAAAAUCUCCGCAACGCCUGAUGAUGGUUCCUAUCGGAGGUCCCGUCGGUCACGGAGGACAUCCCAUACACAUUCCGACGCCGAUCCAGAAUGCUCCACCUUCUUCACAAAGCCAGCAUGCGCCCUCCAGCCAAAAUCGGCAGUCACUCUCCGUGAAACCAAACUAUACUCUGAAGUUUACACUUGCUGGGCACACCAAAGCAGUCUCCGCCGUAAAAUUUAGUCCCAAUGGCGAGUGGCUGGCCAGUUCUUCCGCGGACAAAUUGAUCAAAAUUUGGGGCGCCUACGAUGGUAAGUUUGAGAAGACAAUAUCCGGUCACAAGCUCGGGAUCAGCGAUGUGGCGUGGUCGAGCGACAGUCGCCUGCUGGUGACAGCCAGCGACGAUAAGACGCUUAAGAUUUGGGAACUGAGCUCGGGAAAGUGUUUGAAAACCCUGAAGGGACACACCAACUACGUCUUCUGUUGCAACUUCAACCCGCAGAGCAACCUGAUAGUGUCGGGAUCGUUCGACGAGUCGGUUCGAAUCUGGGAUGUCCGGACGGGUAAAUGCCUCAAGACACUUCCGGCCCACUCGGAUCCCGUUUCGGCCGUGCACUUCAACCGGGACGGUUCGCUCAUUGUUUCUUCCAGUUACGAUGGGCUGUGUCGUAUCUGGGACACGGCCAGCGGUCAGUGUCUGAAGACGCUCAUCGACGACGAUAAUCCUCCGGUUUCGUUCGUCAAAUUCUCGCCCAAUGGAAAGUACAUUCUGGCCGCCACGUUGGAUAAUACGCUGAAGCUCUGGGAUUACUCCAAGGGCAAGUGCCUCAAGACAUACACCGGGCACAAGAAUGAAAAGUAUUGCAUCUUUGCGAACUUCUCCGUUACAGGUGGAAAGUGGAUCGUUUCCGGCAGUGAAGACAACAUGGUGUACAUUUGGAAUCUGCAGAGCAAGGAAAUCGUGCAGUGCUUGCAGGGUCACACCGAUACGGUUCUGUGCACCGCGUGCCAUCCCACGGAGAAUAUCAUCGCUUCGGCUGCGCUCGAGAACGACAAGACGAUAAAGCUGUGGAAGAGCGACACAUAAAAUUGGGCCCGCAGAUAGUUGGCCGGGGGCACGUCAAGGUCUCAGUGGAGCAAUGGCUUUGCAGCCACCGCCACCACUUCCAACUAUCCAGCAUGGUUCUGAUGAUCCAGCUCGGGAAAUAUGAAUUUGAUUUAAAGUAAUAGGCAUAUAUGAAUGGAACUAACUUCUAAGCAGUGUGUAAAAUCUACUUUUACAUAAUAUCGAUAGUAACUGUACGAUUGUGUUCGAUAAGACGUUUGACUUUUGAAGUAAGUGAAAUAAAAUCAAUAAUGAA